UCAAAAACACAUAAAACUUGCAACAGCGGUCAUUCCCAGCAUUCAUAUGUCUUUGCUCUGACCAGUCAUGAAUAUCAUCUGGCUUUGCAUCCCAGCAGCACUGUUUGUUACUCCAGCCUUCUCUGUUCAAAUGAUUGACACAAGCCGCAUCAGAGUUUUCCCAGCAGUCAAUCAAAGCAUUGCAGGAUUAGUCCUGGUUACCUCUUUAAAUAAACUCAACCAGCCUCAGUACGCCUUCAAUGCCAGUGAAGCUCGUAAGCUCUGCUCAUCCCUUGGACUGAACAUUGCUUCAAGAGCACAAGUAAACACGGCUCUUUCUAGAGGCAUGGAAACAUGCAGGUUUGGAUGGGUUGAUGAACAUUUCGUAGUCAUUCCCCGCAUCCAGCCACUUACCAAUUGCGGCCAAAAUAAGAGUGGUUUGGUGAUGUGGCGAGUUGAUGUAAGACAAAAGUUUGAUGUGUUUUGCUUCAAUGAAUCAGAUGCAGCAAUACAACAGAGGUUAUAUGAAGUAACUGACAGUCCUUUGAUGAGCACGCAUGACUUGGGUCACACACACCACACCACAGCAAUGCAAUCUACAGCUUUCUCCUCAAUUCCUGAAACCUUCGACAAUGAUGCAGAAACAGCCCGCUUUGUCAGCAGUUCGCAAGGCUUUACUGGAGUGAAGGCUGUGCUCAUCAUCUGCGCCUGUGCCCUUAUCCUACUUGUAAUGAUCAUCCUGGCAUACCUAAAAUUGCGUCGCUCACAGAAGUCAGAUGUGAAACAGCAGCAAGAACACAUCCAGACAGAAGAGUGGACAUGUGUGAAGACCAUUACAGAAAACGAGCAAGCUGUUCAGGAAGUUCAGGAAGAUGAGAGGAUAGAAGUGGGUGACGCGCAAUAAAUGUUUUGAUCCUUGAUUAAUGUUAAAUUAAGUAACAGAAUGGCUGUAACAUGAUUUCUUUUUGUAUGUGUUCAUUAUUUUCAUUCAUCUAUGCUAGUAAAUGGUGCAGUUUAGCCACUAGAG